AUGAGUGACAACCGGGACAAUGCCGGGCCAAGUCCAGCCGCCAACUCUUCACUGCCCCCAGAAGCCAUCGAGCUCGCAACGCGAAUGUACAACGCAGCCAGGCAAGGCGACAAGGACCUCCUCACACAGGCAAUUUCCGCCGGCCUGCCACCGAACCUGACCAACGACAAGGGCGACACAUUGCUCAUGCUGGCGGCCUACCACGGCCACGCCGACCUCGUCAAGUUCCUCAUUCAGCACGGCGCAGACCCCAACAGGCUGAACGACCGUCUCCAGAGUCCGCUGGCGGGAGCAGUUUUCAAGAAGGAGGAUGACGUCAUCGAGGCUCUAAUCGACGGCGGCGCUGACCCAGACCACGGCACACCGUCGGCCCUUGAGUGUGUUGCGAUGUUCAAGCAGGACGACAAGUGGAGGGCAAAGUUCGAGUCCGCACCCGGCCGAGGGAAGGCUGUCUCCAGCGAAGGCCAAUGA